AUAUUCGGGAUCUGCGGCCACCGUACCGCACCAUGCCACGCCAAAAGCGCAACAAACAGGGGGUCAUGCACCUCCAGUCUCCACCUCCCUCCUAUUAUAUCAUCGUCACUUGUACACCGCCCCUCACAGUCUCACUUCCCUCCACUCCAAUUCCCUCUCUCUGGCGACACGAUGGAGAGGGGGGGCCUGCACUACUGGCCUGCUCUCGCGGGGAUUCUUCCCAACAAGCAGGUGCAACAGCUGUUCAUCCAGGGGGGCUUCCUCGAUGACCCGUCAGGUUCUACUAUAUUGCAUCAUAUGCAAGAAUGGCAAGACCUAUAUUCACCUUGCUUCUGGAUGGUCACUUUUGCACUGAUACAAUUGAUGUUCAUCAUGAGUAUAUUGGCUCAAUUUCUGUUCAAGAAAUUCAGAUGGUGGAGACAGAGACUGAAGGGUUCAGCUCCUGAAAGCAAUAAACAACAUCAGGAACACAAGAUUACAGAUAUAAAGCUGGACAUCUCAUACAAAGCAUGCAAAGCUUGUUGCCUGCUUAUACUAGGAAGUCAUGUUCUGAGGGCAGUAUUUCUACAGUUACAUGAAAGAAUAAGUGAUUGCAAGUAUCCACCCUUUAUUAUUUGUGAAGGUUUGCAGGUGCUAUCGUGGAUAAUAUUGUCACUAGCAGUAUUCAGUUUUCAGAAAGCAAAAUCUACAAAAAUUCCAAAGGUAAUUCGGACAUGGUGGAUAUUUAGCUUUCUACAAUCAGUUGCCAUCGUUGUAUUUGAUCUCAGGUCAAUUUUGGCAACCCAUGAAGAUAUAGGAUUUGAAGAAUGGAUCGAUAUGUGCAUGCUUGUUGUUUGCACUUAUCUGUUUGCAAUUUCAGUCAGGGGGAAAACAGGAAUCAGAUUCACAGACAGCAGCGUAACAGAGGCACUAUUGAAUCCAUCUGUGGGACAGCAGGCAGAAGUCAAACGGCCAUGCCCAUAUGGAAGAGCAAAUAUUCUUGAACUUGUCACCUUCUCCUGGAUGAACCCCGUCUUUUCUAUCGGAUACAAGAAACCUCUAGAGAAGAAUGAGGUGCCAGAUGUUGAUGGCAAAGACGCUGCUGAGUUUCUUUCUGAUUCAUUUAAAAAGAUCAUAGGUGAUGUUGAACACAGGCAUGGUUUAAGUACUUUAUCGAUCUAUAGAGCAAUGUUUCUAUUUAUAGGACGGAAAGCAAUUAUCAAUGCAGGAUUUGCAAUUUUAAGUGCCAGCGCAUCCUAUGUCGGACCCUCACUGAUUAAUGAUUUGGUGAAAUUCCUUGGAGGAGAGAGGCAAUAUGGACUCAAAAGAGGUUAUAUUCUCGCUGUUGUUUUUCUAAGUGCCAAAGUUGUGGAGACCAUAGCACAGAGGCAGUGGAUUUUUGGAGCUCGACAGCUUGGGAUGCGGCUGCGAGCUGCUUUGAUAUCCCACAUCUAUCAAAAGGGCCUUCGCUUAUCCUGCAGUUCAAGGCAGAAGCAUACUAGUGGAGAGAUCAUAAACUACAUGAGUGUGGAUAUACAAAGGAUAACUGAUGUUAUAUGGUAUACAAACUAUAUCUGGAUGCUACCCAUUCAACUUUCUCUAGCUGUUUAUGUGCUCCAUACAAACUUAGGGGUCGGGGCCUGGGCUGGUUUAGCAGCGACAUUAGCAAUAAUGGCUUGCAAUAUUCCACUAACCAGAAUGCAAAAGAGGUUGCAAGCCAAAAUCAUGGUUGCCAAAGACAACAGAAUGAAGGCAACAACGGAAGUUCUUAGAAGCAUGAAAAUACUGAAACUUCAAGCGUGGGAUAUGAAGUACCUUCAGAAGCUAGAAAGUUUACGAGGCGAGGAGUACAACUGGCUAUGGAGAUCGGUGAGGUUGUCGGCUCUAACAACGUUCAUAUUUUGGGGGUCACCUGCAUUCAUUUCCUCCAUAACAUUUGGCUCAUGUAUACUUAUGGGGAUUCCUCUGACAGCUGGAACUGUUUUGUCAGCUCUUGCGACAUUCCGCAUGCUACAAGAUCCAAUUUUCACACUUCCUGACUUACUUUCAGUGUUUGCUCAGGGAAAAGUUUCAGCUGACAGAGUGGCAAAAUACCUUGAGGAAGAAGAAUUGAAAUGUGAUGCGGUUACACAAGUACCAAGAAAUGACACAGACUAUGAUGUGGAGAUUGAUCAUGGAAUAUUCAGCUGGGAACUUGAGACGACUUCUCCAACUCUAACAGAUGUAGAGUUAAAGGUAAAGAGAGGGAUGAAAGUGGCUAUCUGUGGAAUCGUUGGUUCUGGCAAAUCCAGUCUAUUAUCAUGCAUACUCGGGGAGAUGCCAAAGCUAGAUGGGACUGUCAGGGUCAGUGGCCGCAAAGCAUAUGUUCCUCAAACUGCCUGGAUCCUGUCUGGGAACAUAAGGGAAAACAUUCUGUUUGGAAACACACAUGACAAGGAAAAAUAUGAAAACAUCAUACAAGCAUGUGCAUUGACAAAAGAUUUUGAGUUGUUUGCAAAUGGUGAUUUGACUGAGAUUGGUGAAAGAGGAAUUAACAUGAGUGGUGGACAGAAACAGCGAAUUCAGAUUGCAAGGUCAGUGUAUGAAGAUGCAGAUAUUUACCUCUUUGAUGAUCCUUUCAGUGCAGUAGAUGCCCAUACUGGAAGCCAGCUUUUCAAGGAUUGUGUAAUGGGAAUUCUUAAAGAUAAAACAGUGUUGUAUGUGACCCACCAAGUCGAAUUCCUUCCUGCCGCAGACCUUAUAUUGGUGAUGCAAGAUGGUAAAAUCGUGCAGAAAGGGAAAUUCGAUGAACUUCUUCAACAAAACAUAGGGUUUGAAGCUAUAGUAGGUGCACAUAGCCAGGCUCUUGAAUCUGUUAUAAAUGCUGAGAGUUCCAGCAGAAUACAGUCAGGCAACCAAAAAUCAGCAGAUAGUGAGGAUGAGUUCGAUACAGAAAAUGAAACGGAUGAUCAACUUCAGGGCAUAACAAAACAAGAGUCUGCACAUGAUGUCUCACAAGACAUCAGUGACAAGGGAAGGUUAACACAAGAAGAAGAACGGGAAAAAGGAGGCAUUGGCAAGAAGGUUUACUGGACUUACCUGAGGGCAGUUCAUGGUGGAGCCUUAGUGCCAGUAACAAUAGCUGCACAAUCAUUCUUUCAAAUCUUCCAGGUAGCCAGCAACUAUUGGAUGGCAUGGGCAUCACCUCCUACAACUGCAACCACUCCAACCGUUGGAUUAGGCCUCCUCUUCUCUGUAUACAUAGCACUAUCUAUGGGAAGUGCCCUGUGUGUCUUAUUUCGGUCCUUGCUUGUGUCACUGAUUGGUCUACUAACAUCAGAAAGGUUCUUCAAGAACAUGCUCCACUGCAUCCUGCGUGCCCCAAUGUCCUUCUUUGAUUCCACACCUACUGGUAGAAUUUUGAACAGGGCCUCUAAUGACCAAAGUGUUCUAGAUCUAGAAAUAGCAAACAAGCUAGGCUGGUGUGUGUUUUCAAUCAUACAAAUUCUGGGGACCAUUGGUGUUAUGUCACAAGUUGCAUGGCCAGUUUUUGCUAUCUUUGUUCCGGUGACGGUGAUCUGUUUCCUCUGUCAACGCUACUACAUACCAACAGCGAGAGAGUUGGCUCGUUUAUCACAAAUUCAAAGGGCUCCAAUCCUACACCAUUUUGCAGAAUCGCUGGCAGGAGCAUCAAGUAUUAGAGCAUAUGCACAGAAAGAUCGUUUCAGAAAAGCAAACCUUGGUCUUGUUGACAACCACUCCAGGCCAUGGUUCCAUAACGUUUCCGCAAUGGAGUGGCUUUCUUUCAGGCUAAACAUGCUAUCCAACUUUGUCUUUGCCUUUUCUUUGACUCUGCUAGUGAGCCUCCCUGAAGGUUUUAUAAAUCCAAGUAUUGCUGGACUUGCAGUGACUUAUGCAUUGAACCUCAACUCACAGCUGGCAUCCAUAAUUUGGAACAUUUGCAACACAGAAAACAAAAUGAUAUCAGUUGAAAGAAUAAUGCAGUACUCGAGGAUCCCUAGUGAGGCUCCUCUCAUAGUUGAUCACUACCGCCCUCCAAACAGCUGGCCAGAUGCUGGAACUAUCAAUAUAAGAUCAUUGGAGGUUCGAUAUGCAGAGCAUCUCCCAUCAGUUUUGAGAAACAUAUCAUGCACAAUUCCAGGAAGGAAGAAGGUGGGGAUUGUAGGACGUACUGGUAGCGGAAAGUCAACUUUUAUCCAAGCACUUUUCAGGAUCAUUGAACCAAGGGGAGGAACGAUCCAAAUCGACAAUGUUGACAUCUUGAAAAUAGGGCUGCAUGAUUUAAGAGGAAGACUAAGCAUCAUUCCACAGGAUCCAACGAUGUUUGAGGGAACAGUUAGAGGGAAUCUGGAUCCCCUGAAUGAGUACCCUGAUCAUCGUGUGUGGGAGAUUUUGGACAAAUGCCAGCUUGGUGAUAUAGUUCGGCAAAACCCAAAGAAAUUGGACUCCAUAGUUGUAGAGAAUGGGGAAAAUUGGAGUGUUGGGCAGAGACAACUAUUUUGCCUCGGAAGGGUUCUCCUAAAGCGAAGCAAUGUUCUUGUUCUUGAUGAGGCAACUGCUUCAGUUGACUCCUCCACUGAUGCAGUUAUCCAAGGAACGAUACGCGAGGAAUUCAGGAAAUGUACGGUAUUGACAAUAGCUCACAGAAUCCACACCGUAAUUGACAGUGAUCUCAUUCUUGUUUUCAGUGAAGGAAGAAUUAUAGAAUAUGACACACCCUCAAAAUUACUGGAGAACGAGAGCUCUGAAUUCUCCAGACUCAUAAAGGAGUACUCACGGCGAUCCCAUGGCUUCAGUGGAACAGCAAACAAUUGAAUGGCGACAAGAGAAUGAAUCCAAGAUGGUGAAAGUAGAUACGAAAGUUGAUUACCCCACAAUAUUAUAUCUAUAUAUGACAAGCAGGAACCAAAACAACACGGGGCAGGGUUUACAAGGGAGGGCGCUUCCGUAAUUAAGAUGAUUCAGCAAAUUGGAGUAAUGCAAUGUACUAUAUAGUUUAUAGCAGAUUCGGGACAUGACUGAAAUGGGGAAAAGAUAACUUGGUAGCUAUUCCGUAUAAAUUGUGCACUGAGGUGGAUUUAAACCUCUCUAAUCCCCUUCUGGAUUGGUGUAACCGAACAAGCCCUGAGGUGGAUUGGAGAGGAGUAGACUUGAUCCCCUCUAAUCCACCUCAAACCGAACAAAGUAGACUUGAUCCCCUCCAAUUCCUCUCAAUCCACCUCAAAUCGAACUAGCCCUAAGUGGUAUCUUCCACCCUUUAUAUAGAGCUAGAUAUCUAGAUCGAUUAUGAUAACCCACAUCUAUAGUACUUACCUACAAAUGUAAGAUAAAACAUUAAUAUGCAAGCAAUCAUGGUAUUGACAAAAAUAGUUUACAAAUAUUCGUACCUUGUAGUUGAUGAGGAAACUCCUUUUCAUUAACCCCCAUAUCAAACAAACGUAUAAUAAUGUCAAAUAAGAUAGCAAAUAUGAGAUUUUAUACAAACACAAGUAAUAGUACAAUAAUACAUAACCAUCAUCAAAUGAGAUAGCAGAUACAAUGAUCCAUUGAGUCUCACAUAAAGAAAUGAAAGUAACAAGAAACAAAUAAGUCUCACAUAACGAGAUAAAAAAACAAACAUUUACAACUCAUAUCACACCCAUGGCCCUUUAUAAUUACCAUACUUGGUUAUGUAUUUCCCUGAAAGCCAGUUGAAUCUAUGUUCGGUAAGAAAGGUCAUGAACAUCUCUUUUUGGGUCAGUUUGACAAAUAAUUCAGUUGCAAUGAAGUGCUCGUUACUACCAUAGGUGGCACCACAAGCAAGCACAUGUUUCAUCACUUCAUCAAUGGAAAUUUUUCCCUUUUUUGCAGCAUAAGAAUUAGUUGAAACAGACAUAGAUGUAACUGUUUAUUGAACGAUGAUUAGUGUUGUCCCUAUUUUCUGUUUUCUGCUUCU